UGAAAAUGGCGUAUAGGAGAAGGCAACAACGCCGUCGGAGAAACAAGUCUAGAGUGGCGAGAGGGUUAAUCGACCGUAGCAACCCUCUUGAAACCAUGUCUGAGGAAUCGGUGUUUGCCCGCUAUCGUUUCCGACCUGAAACGAUCCUGUUUAUAGUGUCGUUGGUCGCUGGCCAGCAGAGAGAGACCGCUAGGAGCUGCCCCCUGCCUCCUCUCACGCAGGUGCUCGUCUCUCUCCGGUUUCUGGCGACCGGUGGGUUUUGUUCCCUGAUUGCCGAUACGUACCGUAGCAUUUCCGCAUCGUCGGUGUAUCGGUCAAUCAGGGACUUUUGCGGAGCUUUGGUUCCCCUGGCACAGCGCUACAUUAAGAUGCCCGUGGACACGGACUCAUGCAAGUCCAUGUUUUACAAGAUUGCAGGGUUUCCAAACGUAUUGGGAUGUGUUGAUGGCACGUUCAUAAGGAUCAUUGCCCCAAAUAAAGCUGAAGGUGACUAUGUGAACAGAAAGGGAUUUCAUUCACUCAAUGUUCAGAUGAUCUGUGAUGCACAGUUUAGAGUUACCAACUGUGUGGCUAAAUGGCCUGGAAGUGUGCAUGACAGUAGAAUUUUCCGGGACAGUCAAAUCAGUGUGGCAUUCGAAAAUGGUACUUACAAGGGUUUACUUCUGGGAGACUCUGGCUACCCAUGCAAGUCCUACCUAAUGACACCGUAUCUAUCUCCAGCAAACAGGGCUCAAGAAAAAUUCAACAGAAGUCAAACGAAAACCAGAGUUCUUAUUGAGCAAACAUUCGGAAUCCUUAAGCGCAGAUUUUCUUGUCUGCACAGUGGUUUGCGCAUGUCACCCAAGAGUGCAUGUAACGUAAUUGUUACAAGUGUAAUAUUACAUAAUAUCGGCAUUGACCGCCAAGAUGUAAUUAAUGUUGAUUACGAUGAUUGUAAUGAUGAUAAAUUCACUCUCCAAGUUGCUGAUGAUCUGAGUGGAACAAAUGUUAGAAAUUAUCUUUGUCAGUCAUACUUCACCUGAAUAUUGUACAAAUUAUCUUCAAAUG